GUGAGAGAUCGGUGGUAAGUGGAAGAACGCACGCGGUGCGAAGAUUUGCAGCAGCGUUGAGUUUAUGGUAGAUUUUUUUAUUAACUCUUUAGUAAUUUAUUGAAACUAAGUGCACAAUAUGUCAAAUAAUACAGCCCCCGACAGUUGGGAAUCUCAAGCCGAUUCUACAUCGACAAAUAAUUCGCCACAACAUACUGCAGAUGUGACAGCUCAGUUUUCCACGUUGAACGUUAAUGCUGUCGAAUUUGUGCCUUCAUUUUCCUUUUCAAAAGCUCCAGAAGUAGUUGAAGUCUCUUCUCCGACAAAUUCCCAAGGAUCUAAUAGUUCACCGCAACAUAAUCUUAUAAAUGGAAAUGUUCCUGAUGAAUCUACAGAACGCGUGGAAGUCAAGGAACCACCACCCAUCCCUCCCGCAGACGGGGACGCGUCCCCUGGUGGUGAAGGCGGCACCUGGGAGGAUGUGGCAGACGAAGACAGCACUUCUGCUUCAGCUCCUCCUGCUACUACUCCUGAAGGUGAUGAAGACGAAGAACCCUCCUCAGAGGAAGCUCCCAUAAAGAUUAAAAAGAAAACAACAGUAAAAGAGAAACCAGAGGAAGAAAAGAAAGAACAUGUUAACGUGGUGUUCAUUGGUCACGUAGAUGCUGGUAAAAGUACCAUUGGUGGGCAGAUUAUGGCUUUGACAGGGAUGGUAGAUAAGAGAACUUUAGAAAAGUAUGAAAGGGAAGCUAGGGAGAAAAGUAGGGAGAGUUGGUACUUGAGUUGGGCAUUGGAUACGAAUCAAGAAGAACGAGACAAAGGGAAAACCGUCGAAGUUGGUCGUGCCUUUUUUGAAACAGAGAAGAAACAUUUCACCAUUUUGGACGCCCCCGGACACAAGAGUUUCGUCCCGAACAUGAUCGGCGGAGCCGCUCAGGCCGACUUAGCAGUGCUAGUUAUUUCCGCUAGAAAAGGUGAAUUCGAAACAGGAUUCGACAGAGGCGGCCAAACGAGAGAACACGCCAUGUUAGCCAAAACGGCUGGCGUGAAAUACCUUGUGGUGCUGGUAAACAAAAUGGACGAUCCUACUGUUAAUUGGGAUGAAGCUAGGUACAACGAGUGCAAAGACAAAAUACUCCCUUAUCUUAAGAAACUAGGUUUUAUAUUAAACAAAGAUUUAUAUUUCCUACCCUGUUCCGGCCAAACGGGCCAAGGUUUGAAAGAAAAAGUAGACGAAUCGAUCUGUACCUGGUACAGAGGAGAAGCAUUUAUACCUUUUAUAGAUAGUUUGCCGUCUUUGUGUAGAAAAGUGGACGGACCUUUUAUAAUGCCCAUCGUGGACAAAUAUAAAGAUAUGGGCACUGUUCUUAUGGGUAAAGUUGAAUCUGGAGAGUGCAAGAAAGGACAGACAAUGCUCAUAAUGCCUAAUAGGACGCCCGUAACGGUCGAUAUGUUACUUUCGGACGACGACGAGGUAAGUCGAGUGGUGCCCGGAGAAAACGUGAAAAUAAAAGUGAAAGGCAUAGAAGAGGAAGACGUCAGUCCGGGAUUCGUUCUUUGCGAUUCAGUCAAUCCGAUUCACACAGGACGAAUCUUCGAUGCUCAAUUGGUUAUUUUAGAACACAGAUCUAUCAUAUGCGCGGGAUACAGUGCGGUGAUGCACAUCCAUUGCGCGGCAGAGGAGGUCACCGUUAAAGCCUUAAUUUGUUUGGUAGAUAAAAAAACUGGUGAAAAAAGUAAAACUCGUCCAAGGUUCGUGAAGCAAGAUCAAGUAGCUAUUAUGAGAAUUGAAUGCGCCGGUGUUAUUUGCUUAGAACCUUUUAAGUCGAUGCCUCAGAUGGGAAGAUUUACGUUACGAGAUGAAAAUAGGACAAUUGCCAUUGGAAAGGUCCUGAAACUGGUGGAGUAGAGCGGCUGUAGUGUCGUGAAAGAGAGACUGUCAUAGAUCCAUAAAAGUAUAUUUCAUCCCAAUUGAAACACGAACUGAAAACUAAUGAACAUUUUUCAAUUGUAUACAUCAAAACAAACCUAUCGACAUUUAGUGAACACCACACAAAAGUUCUGCCGGUCAAAAAAAAGUUGUUGAGACCCGUUUCGUUUUUCUUUUUCAUUUUUUAACGCGUUUAAAACUACUGUUUUACUACUGAGGUGCUUCAACAAGUUGUAACUAAUCCUGAAAUUUGUAAUUAUUAUAUUUAUCUUGGUAAAUUGGUUUAAUUAUAAUUUUUAUUGUGUAUAUAUUAUCAUUGAGCAUUGGAGUUUUUUUAAGUUUGCUUGAUAUUUCGAAGGAACUAUUUCAUUUCCGUUUCUAAGUUGGAGCCAUAUGAAAAAUUCGGAUUUGUUACAAUGUGAUGUUAAAAGAUGGGGUUACGGCUAUAUUUUUCUUGUUUCCUGUGAUUUGCUAUAAUGUAGCCAUUGAAAAACAACACCUGCGGUCCAAAAGUACCAUCAGCGGUUAAACAAUAGGGCUAACCAGCGGUUGAAAAGUACUACCAACGAUUGAAAAAUAGUACUACUAAAAACAGUCAAAACCAACUAAAAAUAACGAUAACGCAUUGAAAGGUACUAUUCAUGCUUGAAGAAUUUUCCCUAAGGGGAGGAAAAUGUUACUAGCAUUUUAAAAAAUCUCACUAGACUUGAAAAAUAGUGUAUGCUGCUGAAAAACGUUACUAGUGAUUGAAAACAUACUGUUAUAUAUUGAAAAUCAUUACCAUCGCGUUAAAAGUACUUCUAAUAGUUGAAAAACGUGUCGAAAACAGUCGAAAAUCAUUAUUAACGUGGGGAAAAUAUCAAUAGCAGUUGAAAAAGUGGUACUAUGUUUUGAAAAGUACUGUAAAUGAAAAGUAGAUAAGGAAAAGUCACUUUGAAGAAGUACUACUAACUUUUGAGUAGCAAUAUUAUAGUUGUAAAGAACUACUUGAUAAAUGGCAAUGAGAAUUAUGAUCAAAACAAUGAACAAGCUUUGAAAAAAUGUCAUUAGUAGUUAAAAAAUACUACAUGAUGCUGAAAAAUGUUUCUAUUGAUUGAAGAAGUGCGGUUAGAUGAAAAUCAUUAUAAUCGCCUUAAAAGUCGCGGUUGAAAAACUGACACUAUCGGUUGAGAAGUGUUGAAAAUCAUUACUAAAGGUGGAAAAAUAUCACUAACGGUUGAAAAAGUGGUACUUAUUUUUGAAAAAUACUGUAAAUGAAAUGUAGAUAAGGAAAAGUCAAGUACUUCUAGUUGGGCAGCAUUAUUAUAGUUGGAAAAGACUAUUAUAGUGAUAAAUGAAAAUGAUGAUCAAAACAAUGAUAAAAUUAAAUAUAUUAAAAUAAAUCUGCAGGAAAUACGAAUACCUGGAAAAAAAGUGGCGAAAACUGUAAAAUAUAGGAAAUGAAGGCAUGUCUAGAUAGUCAAACGCUGUUUGAAAGCGCAUGAGGAGAAUAAGAGAAGAAGAAUGAUAAAGAAACAUUUAUUUUUUAUUGAAAUCUACAAUGUGGACAAAAAACUGAAAUGCCUUGAUUUAACGCCACUUUUUACUGGAAAAUAUUAAUUUUAAUUCAAAAUUGUCAUCGGCCGAUUUCAACAUUGUGGUGGGUCAUUUUAAAUUUGUUGAACUCAUUUCAAAAUUGUCGACAGUCGAAUUUAAAAUUGUUUCCAAAUUGACCAAUUUCUUAAUUGUCGGGCGCCGAUUUGAAAAUUAUCGCGGGACGAUUUUAAAAUGAUCGAUCAUCCAUUUAAAAAUUUUUGUGGUGGGUCGGUUUCCGUCGAAAAUAUAUCUUGGAAGGUUAGAAUCUAUGUAACGCUUAUGCUACGCCUUAAUAGCAAUAUAAGUGAGUCUUCCAAAGAAAAAAGGAUCAGUGCAAAGUUUAUUAAAUAUAUUAUACUAUGUUUAAUUGCACUGGUUUUUUAAUGAGUAAUCCAUUUACCCGUUCAUGGAAGCACAGAAUAAACUAAUUCGAAGGAAGUACAGAAAAUAACACAUUUUUAAUCUUGUUUUUGGUAUUUGGACGGUACGGCAACAUAAUCAUUGUCUUCACCUCCUUAACAAGAAAGAUAUAGACCAUAUGCUGAGAAGAAGUUAUAUAUUUUAUUUAAAACGACGUUUUCCAUAUGUCUUCACUUUAACAAACUCUUUGAUAUCACUCAGCAGUUGUGUGGUGUCUUUAUAAUGUUAAUAUUGAAACAUUUCAAAACCAAUUACUACAAUUUUCAUUAAAGGUGCUUUAAGGCAAGUUCUUAGAUGAGAUCAUCGAGCGUCAUUCUCUCUUACGGCCUAUUUUGAAGACUUUUGUCGUGGAGUAUCGGCAUAAAUCUCAUUUACUUUUUAAAUUGCUACUGGUAAUACUUCUAAGGUUCAUUUACACUAUUAGUUUAUUCGAGAAUUUGUCUAGAUCAGUUGUCUCGAACGGUAGAAGUAAGCGGAACAAUAUUGAAUCUCCUAGAACCUAGUCUAACCAUUCUCAAACUUCCCCUAUUUAUUAAUGGGGGAAGAGACAAACUCCGAAAGUCUCCGAAAAGUAUUUUAUUCCCGAGGAACUCCGAGACUAAUUGCGUGCGGACCGUCAAUAAGUAAUAAAAGGGCAGUACAAACAAUAUUACCAGGAUGAGACCGAAAUCUAUACCCUAGACACAAACUUGGCCAUUUGGAAAAAUUUAUUACAUUAUGUAAUAAAAAACGUCAACAUGAGUAAAAUCGCCAAAUAUUUUAGCGAUAAAAGCCUGAUAUAUAUGGCAUGAUACCAUAUUAUGUGGGUAAGGUGGAAACUUUUCGCCCUAACAGUGAGAAAAUCCGUCUUUUUUAAAAAAGUUCUUUUUAGAAAGUUUAAAUUAUUUCUUAAUGUAAGCUUCCUCUAAGUAUAUUUUAUUCGACGUUUUUCUGAUAUUACCAGAGUGAGAACUGAAUAUAUACACUGGACUCAACUUUUGUCUUCUGGAUCAGUUCAUAUUAUAGAUUUAGUAAAAAAACGUGACCAGAGGAACAAAAAUUCGAUAAAAACCGAUGUAUGAUGUUUUAACGAAUGUAAUAUGAAAAUUAUUCAGCAACAAAGGCCGGAUAUACCAUAUUAAGAGGGCAGUGUUAAUAGUUUUUAGCCUAAUAGUGAAAAAAUAAGUUUUCAUGGGAGAUGCAUUAAAAAGUUUCCAUGCAUUUCUAUGCAAAAAAGAAAUGACCAGAGACAAAGAUCAUUGGAGACGGAUUUUUGAUGAAAAUUCUUUUAUUAAUGUGAAUAUAUUUGUUUGACUUUCACCAAUAACAAUAUUUCGUGCCUCAAGAUCAGAAACGUCUUCAAACUACGUAUUUACCGGUGGUGUGUUUAUUUGUCCGAGAAUGUUGUGCAGUUGUUUAGAUUUGGAAGUAUAUGAAAGUCACAGGUAGCCAAAUAUGGCUAAUAAGUGAGGAUUUUUUCGAUAAUUUAUAUUUAUGCCACAAAUUUCACAUUUCCAGGACAAAAACAUGGAUAUUGCGGAGGUUAUUUUCUUGCUAAUGCCUUAGAUGCAAAUUUUUUACUGUUAUGUCGAAUGUGUAGAUUUUUCAUUUGUAUCAGUUUUUUCUCAGUGUAAAAUCAACAAACAAAAAUCCGAUAAAAAUCGAUGUACCAUAUUACGAGGGUAAAGUGGAACUUUUUCAGACCAAUAGUGAUAAAAUGAAUUUUUUAUUUUAAGUCAUUUUUUUUCUGAAUGUAGUCGUCCUUUAUCCGAAUAUAUUUUGUUUGAUGAUUUCUAAUUACUAGAUUUCAUUCCUGAAGAUCGGAAACUUCUUCAAAAUCUCGUAUUGACGCUACUCUGUUUAUUUGUUCGAGAAUGUUGUUUAACCACAACUUUUGGAACAACCACGUUUGGAAAUAUAUGAAAGUCACAGGAAGCCAAAUCUGGCAAAUCAGUGAGUAUUUUCAAUAAAUAUAUCGACUUUCAUUCCUUAAUGAAUUGACGUGUUUGUAACAGUAACAAUUGUAUAUUUAUACCUUGUAUACAAACAUUGAUUUCUGGAACAGUUCAAAUAAUAGUCAUUUCGUAAAAAACUUGUUCAUAGUUAUAUGUACCACAUAAAGAGAGUAAGAUUAAAAAUUUUCGGUAGUAACUGUUGUUAAGAAAAGCUAAACAGACAGUACUUACUGGGUGUUAAAUCGGGAGUUUAGGAAGGACAUCAAAUUAUUAACUUGGAAACUUGAAUGAUUAAAUGGAUCUUUAGGAACAUUUUCAUACAAAGUAUUCUGCUUAAAAGCUAAAAUGAGCGUGCAGCGCAUGAGUGUUUAUUUUUUGUCAAUGUUCUUCCCUAAAUCCUUAAAAAUCCACCAAAUUUCUAUCUACUGUUUGGACAAGUAACUCAGUACAGUUCAUGUACAGGUAAGCAAUCAGUUGGCAAUAAAAAAGUGAUCUAACAUUUUUGAAAGGAUGCAAGCUGAAUCUGUAUGCUACAUACGCAUAUUGACUUCUUUUAAAACUCAAAAAACAUUACCGUAUUACGACAUUCAUUUUCUACAUAAAUGUAUCUAUCUUAUGACGGUCAGUCGCUUUCACAUAUUUAGUACUAAGAAAAAACAUUUGCAGCGUUUUUAAUAGCCUGAGAGGACUUUAACUGCGCAAAACUACGUACACGUUGCCAUUAUGGCCUUUGAUUAUCUUUCUGGCAGCAACGUUGCUGCGUCUGAAUUUUCAAAAUUGAAAUAUUUCUUCGUACAUGUCACAUGCCAAAUUAGUGAUAUUUAGGUAUAUGAAAAUAAAAUUUUUCAUUACGUACCAAAAAACAAAAUUUGUUUAAUUUAUUGUUUUGUAUUUUGAAAACGAUUUCCGAAGUGGAAAUUGAAACGUCAAUAAACUUAUUUUAAACUUGUGGCUUAUUCCCAAGAAAAAUAGCAAUUGCCGUAAGAUGCCACAAGAAAAUAGCUUCAGAACAAUAUGAACAUAUUAUUUUGUGGUAAUAUUAAAAAAGUAAUUGAUAUUAUUUUGAUCUCGUAAUAUUCUUAUUUUUGUGGAUAAUUUUCUACGUAUAUUUUGCUUUGAACGAUACUCUGGUCUCAUCUAAGAAUUUCCAAGUUUAUUAAUAUUGUGUGGACAUUACAUAAAAUUUUAAAAUGCCUUUUCAGCCAAUAUUCAAACGUAAUUGAUAAAAAAAGUUGCUUUUUCGAGGAAUUCAGUGUAAAUAUUGAAGAGUUUAUAAGUUACAGUCUUGUAACGAAACCCUAAAAAACAAAUUAUAUAGUUAGCCUUUUUGUUUAAGUUUGUUUUUUAGUCUUUUAUUACUGUAAGCAAGGAAAUGUUGCUAUCAAUUUUAUAUAUUCAAUAAAAUGUCAAAUUGU